GAGACACGUAUUUAGAUUUGUUUAGUUUUUGAAUAGAUCUACAGCUUUGCACAGCACAUUGAUCUCCCUGCUGUAGACCUAUGUGGAGGUUAGAUUAAGGGAGAGCUUGUAAUAUUAUUGAUUCGUAACACAAGUUAUCGAAACAGGCACUUUUCCAGAAAGCAUACAGGUCCAGUUCUUUCGAGAUUGUGCGUCAGGAUCUCAAGCGAUGGCGCAGAUGAAAGAUAUACCCGCGUCAAUACUUGCGUCAGACGGCAGUGAAGUGAAGGCUGGAGUACUAUCGAUCCUUGAAAAGAAAGGCAUUAAAAUGUUAAAGACGAGUGAUUACCAGCUGAACCCGUUAUACUGGCGGCUCGUAUCAUAUGCUGGCCAAACGUACCUUCUAGGCUACCCUAAGCAGUUUGGAGGAGUUAAGGCAACCAAGAAACUUUUGAUAAAAGGAUGUUCUAUCGAAAUGAAUCUACCGGACAAGGUAGUCGUUUCCCCACAUAGCAAUGAGACAUUCCUCUGCAUCCAGUGCGGCGAGAGAAUCGUUUUUCUGAAGGCAGAGACCAAACGGCAACGUAACAAAUGGGUAGACGCCAUUCGCAGUGCCAUGGAAGAACCGAUUUAUCAUCCAUCGACGGCUUCGACAACGAGCACGGACUCGUCCGAGUCCUUCGACGUCCUUCGCGGCACCCGGGAUCAAUUACGAGUUCCAAGUAGCGUUCACCAAACGGCGGACACCGCACCUCGAUCAGGGCCUGAUUGGCGAAGGGUGAAUACGACUCCCGCUGGUCAGUUCCAGGUGGAACAUCGAGACUCCAUCUCAUCCAUCCCUUCCAGUGCCCAAGCCUUGGCGCACCAGAAUCGAAGAUCCCCCAAACUGCCUUCUGCCAAUGAUCAUCAAUCCGAGCUAUCGGCAUUCCACUCUCUCAACUCUCAAGACAGAAUGAGAAGUUCAUCCGUAGGCAAACGAGAUUAUAUUAACUUGGAAAAUCGUAAUGACCUUGAUCAGUACAUAUAUGGACUUGAAGAGGAAUAUGACUUUAACAUACGACCGUUUUCUUCAUCGUCGAACACCAGUACCAGCCAACCGAAUUUGCGCCUGAAUGUUCCGGACCAGGGUAAGCUGAAGAGGCUCAGCGACGGACAGUCACGAUCUGUGCCAAAGGGACUUCAACAGGCUUGCCCAAGUGAAUCUGGAUACGAAGUCCCGACGCCAGGCGGACAAGAUCAGGAGGAUGAGAUUUAUGAAGAUUUUAUGUCCGAUUUGAACUCCUACAUGUCCGUCCAGGAUUCCGACGAUCGAUCAUCGGUCUCGCAUGUGGACAAUCUAGGACUCAAGAGUGGAGGGACCCACUUCUACCUUGAAGAAAACCACUUUGACGUGCCACCGAAACUCCCAGCGCGUAAUUAUGACGACCCAACGCGUAAAAUUAAUAUAAAGGAGGGAGCACCGUUGAGGAAUAAGUCUUCCAAGAAGACGCGUGCACCGCAACCACCUGCAGCCCCCGUCGAUCAAAUGGAUUCUAUUGAAAGGGAAAAGACUGUUUGCUUGGAAAAGCAGAAACAGAGUGAGCACCAUGACAAACUUGCAGGAACGGUUAGACCAUCAGGUGGUGACAAGGUGAAGGAAAUCACUGAGAAAAUGAAGAGUAAUGAUCUGAAGGACGAGUCACUGCACGCGUAUAUCCAGAGAUUUCGGGGUGAGCUGUUUCGUAAAGAUGGUUUCGUUGUCGAAGUAGACAAAACCGACCUAUCUCCACAAACUAUCAAGCUGGUGUGUGUUGGUGAUUGCAUUUGUGUCGCUGCACUUCCGGGUACCAAACUGCACUCUUUGCUACACGUCGAUGACGUCAUAGUGAAAGUAAAUCGACAAACCCUGCCCUCUGUAGAUUUCUGCUAUACACUCUUCAGAACAACAGAUGAGAAUAAAGUACAGCUUCAUAUUAAGAGGGUAAUGCAUGGGAUCAUGUGUCACGUGACCAUGUCAGCCAAUGGGGAUGUCGAUUCUCUGGGUCUCGAAUUCGGGAACCAAAGUCAAGGCAAUGAGGUUACGUCAAUGGAUUUUGAUGGACUGGUAGCGAAGAGUGGUUACCCUUCUCGGCCGCAAACACAUGGUGCAGUCAAUGGUGGAAUACUCGUAAAUUGGAGCCUAGUUGAGAUAAAUCAGUCACCAGUCUCCUUAGAUAGCUCCCCAAAGGAUGUUUUGGAUCAGAUUCGGCGAUCAGGGUGUGAGCUCGCUCUUGUGUUCAUUCCAGUUGAUAUCACCAAUGUCUUCAGGGAGACUUCUUGUGAAGAAGUCAAAGAUCAUAGUUCUGGAGCAGAAGGGAAAUGUAGUUAGACAUACUCUCGACGAUUCGAAAAUCCAUGACCACCCCGUCCUCGAUUUUCUGUAUCGGGAAAUACUCUGAAAUUCGAUUUCAAGACCAAGUCAAUCGGGUCGCGUUUUUUUUUUUUCGUCAGUACUUGGGCAUCCGCAAAACAGCCUAUUAUAUCGUCAUUGCCACUGCCUUUUCACGUCGAUCGGUUGCACGAGUAUUGAUGAAAAAAUAUCGCAAUCGGGCCGAAUGAAAAAUGUUAUCUUGGUUAGAUGGGUAAGUUUUAAAUUCCCACCGAUAUCGAAUGAAAAAUUGCAAAGUAAUAUCAUUUUUUAAAGUUUGUAUCACUUCAAAGAAUUGUUGCGAAGGGAUGAAAAUGUCAAUCUCUUUUAAACUAUGUGAACCGAGUGGAUGAAAUAUAUGUAGUGACAUUUCUACGGUAGUGUGCAAAUCAGUAAUCUGAUUACAUACUGGUUCCAUUUUCAUUUGUAUUUUAUCAUAUACAUCUCCUCUUCAUCAUAUUUUCUCAUACUUUAUGUUCCUUAAUAAUUUACAGACCACAGGUAUUAUUAGUUCAAUUACUAUUCAAGUAUUUUCAUGAUAGUGGAUAUCAUCUGUGCAUUUAGUGGGAAAAAUAAUGUUAAUUUACUGACGAUGCAUCUAUUGAAAGGAAGAAGGGAAAUGUAAUUUUAAAAAUUCUCGACGACUUGAUGAAAGCCCGUCAGGUACUGAUGAAUACUAUUGGAGUGCACUGGCCACCAGCCUCCACUAAUUCAGUCCAUCACAACCAAAACUUUAGAUUUGAAUAAGGAUAUCAAAAAAAUCCAGCAAGCAUAAUACUGAAAAUUUAAUCAAAAUCGGAUGUAAAAUAAGAAAGUAAUGACAUUUUUAAGUUUCCCCUAAUUUCACAAAAUAGUUAUAUGUACAUCCUGGUAGGUAUGCAAAUGAGGGAACUGAUGACAUUACUCACUAUUUCUUUGUAUUUUGUUAUAUGAAAUAUGGAAAAAUUCAAAUUUUCUCCUCAUUGUCCUGUGAAGCAAGAUUUUAUUUCUCCCUAAACAUGUGGAAUUACCAUUGCUUAUAUGAUUUUAUGGUUCAGUCAAGUUGGUCCUUAUUGCCAAAUCUGUAAAAAUUGAGAUAUUGUCUAAUUCAAACAAUAAAAAACAAAAGAAGUGAGGGACAUCAUCGAGUCUCUCAUUUGCAUGUGACUAGAUUGUACACAUAGGCAUUUUUGUGAAAAAGACGCGAAACUGUAAAAUGUCAUAACUUUCUUAUUUUGCAUCCGAUUUUGAGGAAAUUUUUAGCAUUCUGCUUGACUGAUUUUUUUUUCUCUAUUGACUAAAAUCAACAUUUUUCUGAAGUGGACUUGACAUUUAAAGCCAAUAUAGCCUUGUAUUGUACCACCUCAAGUUCUCUACUACUCAAAUGUGACCAGGUCACUAACCCAUGAUGCAACAUUCUGAGCAGUGUAGUCUUGUUAUAUCGGACCCACUAGAUCAAUGAUAACGUACGACUUCACCACCAAAUACAUUCAUACCACAAUUAUUGUGUUAACAAGUUGCUAAACAAGUAUGCAUCCUCUCGAAACGUUUUUCGUUUCUCUUUACGAGUAAAGUUAUAGGCAAAUUUAUUCUCCGUAUUAUCGAUAUUUAUCCUUAUCUCAAAGCCUUUGAGAUGAAGGGUAUACUUUAAGACUAUAGUUAUAACACACAUACUCGAAGGGUUUGCCUCCCUCCCCCUUUAAAGGGAUGAUAUAUUUUUCGGAGUAAAAUAAAGGGGUCGACAUGAUAAUGCAAAUAUCGGGUAGGAGAGGAGGCGGGGGGGGGGGUGAGAACCUAAGUGGAGAUUUGCCCCUGAAACCACCUAAAUUUAUCUGGGUUUAGGAAGAUCUUUUUUUUUGGGGGGGGGGGGGUUGUCGUUGCUAAGUGGUCAGGUGCCUGACUGAAAACGUUAAGUUCUGGUGUUCUAAUCAUUCCAGAUUUAUUUUUACUGCCCCUUUAUUAAAGAAUGAAUAAAUUAAUAUUUGUAUACGCAUUAUUGAAAAAUGGCUGCAUGAACAGAAAAAAGGAGACAUCGUGAAGGUUUCUUGUAUUUGGUAUAAAUAAACAAGAGUUCAAAUCAAUUGAAGUGCCUCACCAUUAUGCCUUGUCAUGUGAGUCUUUAUGCAGGGGUCGCGGACCCGGGGAAUAGGGGCAAAACCGUUUACAAAAACUUAAAAAUUACAAUCUGAUUGUGAUUUUUGCAUGGUAACCCCCCCCCCCCCCACUUUCGGCUCAGCCCCCGCCCCCCUUUGACAACUGUGUUCGGCCCCUGUCUGUACUACUUCAGUGUCUUUCAGUGGGGAUGGAGCUUAAUUUUCUAAUCUCUGCUUUAUAUUUUGUGUGUAUUUCACGUUUUAUAUCAGUCAAGCAGCAUUACUAUGAUUAUGAUUCGAUUUUUAUAUGUAUAUUACUUGCGUUUGACAAAAAUAUAUUUUUCAUUGAUAAUGGCA